AUGGCAAAGUCAUUUCAAAUCAAAGUACCCGCUUCUUCAGCAAAUAUAGGUCCAGGGUUUGACGUACUUGGUGUAGGAUUACAGCUAUACUUGACCAUCAGAGUAACUAUUGAUCCAACUAUAGAUACUUCAUCAGAUCCGCAUAAUGCUAUAAUCACGUACGAAGGAAACCUAGCUGAAAAAGUGCCAUUACAGUCGGAUAAAAACUUGAUUACUCAAGCUGCAUUGUAUCUACUUCGGUGUAAUGGUGUGAAGAACUUUCCAUCAGGAACUCAUAUCCAUGUAAAUAAUCCUAUACCUUUGGGAAGAGGGUUGGGAUCAAGUGCUAGUGCCAUAGUUGGAGGUAUAUACUUGGGAAAUAUCAUUGGUGAUUUCAGUUUUGACAAGAUUAGAAUGUUGGAUUAUUGUUUGAUGAUUGAAAGACAUCCUGACAAUAUUGCUGCUGCCAUGUUGGGUGGAUUUAUUGGUUCAUACUUGAAUGAAUUGGGGGAUGAAGAAACAGAACAAACUAAUGUUCCAUUGGAUUAUAUAUUGCCAACUGCGCAAACUCCACCACAAUGUAUUGUAUCAAACUCACCACCAACAAACAUUGGUGAAUAUUUGCAAUACAAUUGGAACAAAAAGAUCAAAUGCGUUUGCAUCGUACCCAAUUUCGAAGUUAGUACGGAUAAAUCACGUUCAGUACUACCUCAAUCUUACACUAGACCCGAUAUAGUAUACAAUUUACAAAGAAUAGCCAUUUUGACAACAGCGUUGACGCAAGAUCCACCAAAUCACAAGUUGAUUUAUCAAUCAAUGAAGGACAAGAUUCAUCAACCAUAUAGAACAGUAUUGAUUCCUGGGCUAGAUCAAGUAUUGGAAGAAGUUGUCCCCAAGAAGCAUUCUGGAUUAUGUGGCAUCUGUCUUAGUGGAGCUGGCCCAACUAUUUUAUGUUUAGCUACUGAUGGGUUUGAAGAGAUUGCCAAAGAUGUGAUUGAUAUUUUUGCCAAAGAAGGUAUUCAUUGUGAUUGGAAGUUACUUGAUUUGGCAUACGAUGGGGCCACUGUAGAGUACUUGUAG